CCGCGCCUUUUCUCACACCGCACCUUCCGCUACCGUGGUUACCGUUGGUGUUUGCGAAUUCCCAGCGGCAACUGAGUCGCGGAAGACCAGCGCCGCCGGGUUUCAGCUGCGGUUUGAUAGGCGCGCGCCCGCGUCACGUGGGCAAGGCUCCUGCUCGGUCGCUGGCGGGCCGCUCAGCCGGGAGGAAAGAAGCUUGUGGCUACCGCUCACCCUCCCACUGCGCCCUAGGGCUGGUGCGCGGAUAAAAAUGGCGAAGUGUGGGUAGCUGGCGCCGAGCCCGAAGCGAUGGGGCACGCAGGUGGGGCGGUGGUCGGAGACCCCUGAUGUAGUCGCCCGGCUGUUCUCCGCGGCGAUUUGACUUGGUGACCUCAGGCCGGCGCCUAACAGGUCAGACCACGGACUCCGCGGGUCGCCGAGCGCCCCGCCGAGAGCCGGAGGCAAUGGAUGAACAGAGUGUGGAGAGCAUUGCUGAUGUUUUCCGAUGUUUCAUUUGUAUGGAGAAAUUGCGGGAUGCACGCCUGUGUCCUCAUUGCUCCAAGCUUUGUUGUUUCAGCUGUAUCAGGCGCUGGCUGACAGAGCAGAGAGCUCAAUGUCCUCAUUGCCGUGCUCCACUCCAGCUACGAGAACUAGUCAACUGUCGUUGGGCAGAAGAAGUAACACAGCAGCUUGAUACUCUUCAACUCUGCAGUCUCACCAAACAUGAAGAAAAUGAAAAGGACAAAUGUGAAAAUCACCAUGAAAAACUUAGUGUAUUUUGCUGGACUUGUAAGAAGUGUAUCUGCCAUCAGUGUGCACUUUGGGGAGGAAUGCAUGGUGGACAUACCUUUAAACCUUUGGCGGAAAUUUAUGAGCAGCAUGUUACUAAAGUGAAUGAAGAGGUAGCCAAACUUCGUCGGCGUCUCAUGGAACUGAUCAGCUUAGUUCAAGAAGUGGAAAGAAAUGUCGAAGCUGUCAGAAGUGCAAAAGAUGAGCGUGUUCGGGAAAUUAGAAAUGCGGUGGAGAUGAUGAUUGCACGGUUAGACACACAGCUGAAGAAUAAGCUUAUAACACUGAUGGGUCAGAAGACAUCUCUGACACAAGAAACAGAACUGUUGGAAUCCUUACUUCAGGAAGUAGAGCACCAGUUGCGAUCUUGUAGUAAGAGUGAGUUGAUAUCUAAGAGCUCAGAGAUCCUCAUGAUGUUUCAGCAAGUUCAUCGAAAGCCCAUGGCGUCCUUUGUUACCACUCCUGUUCCACCAGACUUUACCAGUGAGUUGGUACCAUCUUAUGAUUCAGCUACUUUUGUUUUAGAGAAUUUCAGUACUUUGCGUCAGAGAGCAGAUCCUGUUUACAGUCCACCUCUUCAAGUUUCAGGACUUUGUUGGAGGUUAAAAGUUUACCCAGAUGGAAAUGGAGUUGUUCGUGGUUACUACUUAUCUGUGUUUCUGGAACUCUCAGCUGGCUUGCCAGAAACUUCCAAUCUUUUCAAUUUUAGAUACGAAUACCGUGUAGAGAUGGUUCAUCAGUCCUGCAAUGAUCCUACCAAAAAUAUCAUUCGAGAAUUUGCAUCUGACUUUGAAGUUGGAGAAUGUUGGGGUUAUAAUCGAUUUUUCCGUUUGGACUUACUUGCAAAUGAAGGAUACUUGAAUCGACAAAAUGAUACAGUGAUUUUAAGGUUUCAGGUUCGUUCACCAACUUUCUUUCAAAAAUGCCGGGACCAGCAUUGGUAUAUUACUCAAUUGGAAGCUGCACAGACUAGCUAUAUCCAACAAAUAAAUAACCUUAAAGAGAGACUUACUAUUGAGUUGUCUCGAACUCAGAAAUCAAGAGAUUUGUCACCACCAGAUAAUCAUCUUAGCCCCCAAAAUGAUGACACUCCUGAGACACGAGCUAAGAAGUCUGGAUCAUGUGCUGACAUGCUUCUCCAAGAUGGUCCUACUACAGCUUCUGUAAGAGAGGCCAAGGAGGAUGAAGAAGAUGAGGAGAAGAUUCAGAAUGAAGAUUAUCAUCAUGAGCUUUCAGAUGGAGAUCUGGAUCUGGAUCUUGUUGGUGAAGAUGAAGUAAAUCAUCUCGAUGGCAGCAGUUCUUCUGCCAGUUCCACAGCAACAAGUAACACGGAAGAAAAUGACAUUGAUGAAGAAACCAUGUCUGGAGAAAAUGAUGUGGAAUACAACAACAUGGAAUUGGAAGAGGGAGAACUCAUGGAAGAUGCAGCUGCAGCAGGACCUUCAGGCUCCGGACGCACAGGCUCAGCGGCCAUGGCUCACGGGCCCAGCCGCUCCACGGCAUCUUCCCAGACUGGGGCACGAACCCGUGUCCCCUGCAUCGGCAGGCGGACUCUCAACCACUGCGCCACCAGGGAAGCCCAAGGAGGUAGUAACCAUGGCUAUAUGGGUGCCAGUAGCAGAAUGUCAAGAAGAGCACAUUUAUCCUCUGCUGCUACCAGUAGUUUAUUAGACAUUGAUCCUUUAAUAUUAAUACAUUUGUUGGACCUUAAGGACCGGAGCAGUAUGGAAAAUCUGUGGGGCUUACAGCCUCGCCCGCCUGCUUCACUUUUGCAGCCCACAGCAUCGUGUUCUCGAAAAGAUAAAGACCAAAGGAAGCAGCAGGCAAUGUGGCGAGUUCCCUCUGAUUUAAAGAUGCUAAAAAGACUCAAAACUCAAAUAGCUGAAGUUCGAUGCAUGAAAACUGAUGUAAAGAAUACACUUCCAGAAAUAAAAAGCAGCAAUGCUGCUUCUGGAGACAUGCCGGCAGGCCUUCUUUCUGUUGACCAGGCAGCUCUGGCUGCAUGUGGAACCGAGAACUCUAGCAGAUUACAGGAUUUGGGAAUGGAGCUCUUGGCAAGGUCAUCAGUUGCCAGUUGUUACAUACGAAACUCCACAAAUAAGAAGAGUAAUUCACCCAAGCCAGCUCGGUCCAGUAUAGCAGGUAGUCUGUCACUUCGAAGAGCAGUAGACUCUGGGGAAAAUAGCCGUUCAAAGGGAGACUGUCAAACUCUGUCUGAGGGCUCCCCAGGAAGCUCUCAGUCUGGGAGCAGGCACAGUUCUCCCCGAGCCUUGACACAUGGCAGUAUCGGUGACAUUCUGCCAAAAUCUGAAGACCGGCAGUGUCAAGCUUUGGAUUCAGAUGCUGUUGUGGUUGCAGUUUUCAGUGGCUUACCUACUAUUGAAAAAAGGAGAAAAAUGGUCACCUUGGGGACUAGUGUUAAAGGAGGUCGUCUGGAAGGAAUGCAAAUGACUGAUUUGGAAAAUAAUUCUGAAACUGGGGAAUUACAACCUAUACUACCUGAAGGAGCUUCAGUUGCCCCAGAGGAAGGAAUGAGUAGCGACAGUGAUAUUGAAUGUGACGCUGAGGACGAGGAGCAGGAGGAGCGCGCCAGCCUGGGCAGAUUUAGCGACUCCUUCAUGGCACGGCUGCCGGAUGAAGAUACACGUUCCAGUUUUCCUGAUGGUGAACAAAUAGGCCCUGAAGAUCUCAGCUUCAAUACUGAUGAAAGCAGUGGAAGGUAAUUUUCAAAUCAAGAAAACUGACUUGCAAGCUACCUUGAAUUUUGCUGUAGUUGGUGCUCAAACUUGUCAACAGUCAGAUAAUCAGAUUUGGUCUUAUUUUUUUCAUCAUCUCUACUUGAAAUAGUAAUUCUGAAACUUUAGAAAGUAGCACAAUUCUAGUGUAAGACAUUAGUACACAGGAAAAAGUUGUGUGGGAAGAAUUCUGUGUAAUGUAAUAAAAUAACAGUGUAGCCUCAAUUAAUUUAGUAAAUAGUAUAUUCAUAAAAGGCAGUUUGUCUACUGUAACAGAAGGGCAAUUAACUGCCAGGAAACGUACCUGGAGACAGUGCAUGCACUCAGUAACCUGCUCAGCAUCGGUGCUCUUCUGUCUUGGCUAGACACUCAGUUGUGUUUAAAUGACCACCUUUAUAUUUUGGGUUUUAAUUAUAGUUUAUAGUUUCACUAGUGCCUGUAGAUUAGUGAGCAGAAAUAUUACUAAUGUGUAGAUUCUUCCCUGUAGACACUUUAUGUGGAUAACUGAAGUAACACUAGACUGAAUCUCCUCUUUGGAAUAUGUUGACUGACUGAGGUUAAUUUAUUUAUCUUUUCUUGUUUGUUCAAGUGCAGGCACACUAAUUAAUGACACCUAAGCUUUCUUUUGUGUGACCUUUACAAAUGUAAUUUUAAAUGAAUUAAGUUAAUAUGGAUUGGUUAUGUUUCUGGUCGUAUGAACACAUGUAAGAACACUUAAAAUUAUUUCGUUUUUUCUGCUUCUUACUAAACAAUUAUAAUGUAACGGGUAUUUUAAAACCCUGUUUUCUCCUUUAUUUUCAUUAGUUGGACAUUGAUUUCAGUGUCAAUACAUUUAAAGAUUCUUAUAUAUUGUACUGUGGCUUACAUGAAACUGUGGUAUAAAGUUUACUUUCAUACUCAGAAAUAGUCCAAAAUAAUUGCCAAACUUUAUCAUUGUGCUCUUGCAUUUGUUUUUGAGCUGCUAUGCUAUUUGUGAAAAUUACACUGAAAGUUGACUAAGAGACUAUUGAAAAAGCAUGAAUAUAUACACGUGAGAGGCAUCUCAUCUGCUUAUUUUUUACUUAAUGAAUAUUGUUCCCCUUUCCAUGUCUAGUGUCUUGCCGAAUGCUGUGUGAUUCAUGGUUUGCUUUUCUUCAAAACAAUUGGCACUUUUUGUUAAUAAAAUGAUGCUG